UUUUCAAAAAUAUUAACCCUGGCCCUCGAUGAUUUCUUUUUUACUCAUUUAGCUCUUGGGGCCUGUUUGUCAAAAAACAAUUUGUUUCUCAUGACGCAACGACGAAUCUCAGCCGCCUUCGCAGCGUCCACCCACCUCCUCCGAACCCGAGCCCGAGCUCUCCCCACCAACUCCAAACAUUGCAGCUCCUCUCGAUCAACCGACGAGGACGACGACGACGAGGUGAGGCUCGACGGCGGAGCCAGGUUCCAACUCCACAAGAGCAGAGGGCAGCACAUCCUCACCAACCCAAGAGUCCUCGACUCCAUCGUCAGGAAAGCUGAGGUAUUUCCCACCGACACCGUGCUCGAGGUCGGGCCCGGCACCGGUAACCUCACCGUGCGGUUACUGGAGUCGGCGAAGAGGGUUGUUGCUGUCGAGGUCGACGGGCGGAUGGUCGGCGCGCUGAGGAAGCGGGUUGAGGGGCUCGGACUGCAGGACAGGCUCACUAUAGUUGAAGAAGAUGUUCUGAAGGCACACCUUCCCCAAUUCGACGUGUGUGUUGCUAACAUUCCUUAUGGGAUAUCUUCUCCACUCAUAGCAAAACUUCUCUUUGGGAAAAUCAAGCUCUGCUUCCGGAGUGCCACUCUUUUACUCCAAAAGGAGUUUGCUUGGCGUCUUAUGGCUAAACCAGGCGAUUCAGAGUUCAACAGACUAGCUGUUAAUGUGGGUUUAGUGGCCACUGUGAAGUUCUUAAUGAAUGUGAGCAAGAAAGAUUUUGUCCCUUGCCCAAAGGUAGACUCCUCUCUAGUCCGAAUACAGCAGAGGUCAGAAUUACCAGAAAUUGAUAUGAACGAAUGGUUGGCUUUCACGCGGACAUGUUUUAGUAAGAGGAAUAAGACACUUGGUGCCAUCUUUAGACAGAAGAAAAAAAUUCUAGAAUUAUCUAGAAAGACUCCAGCAUGUGCUACAAAUUUCGGAGUCUCUGAAGAUGAUCAUGAGAUUGACGAAAGAGAUGAUAUGAAGGAAACUAUUGGCUUAGAAUAUGAGGAUGUGGAGGAUGGUUUGGAAGUCGGUCACUUCAAGGAGAAAAUAAUUGGAAUAUUAAAAACUAAGGGAUUUGAUAACAAGAGACCUUCAAAGAUGUCCCACCAAGAAUUGUUGGAUUUGCUUCACCUGUUUAAUCAACAUGGUGUAUUAUUCAAUUGUUAGCCUUCAUUGGCGCCAGUCUUUCGCAAAAAGCAUUAUGUACAUCUUCAUUUUCUGUAUUCCAACUGCUAGCCUAAUGUAUUUCAGGUACGAUUUUAUAAACCCAAAAUGUCGCACCAUUUUCUUUUUUUUAAUCUAAUCGAAUGAGUUAAAGUGCUUGCAGAUGUUUCUAAAGUACGUAUGUUGCUCCAUCCAUCCUGUUUAUUUCUACAUGUUUAUUCUAAGUAAUUCACAAUUUUCGUUUAUUUUAUUUGUUUUGGCUAAAUUCUUGUUUUAUAGUUGGCUUCAUACCCCACUUGCCCCACUUGUAAGGGUGCCAAAAAAUAUCCAUAUCCGUAUUAACUAGUAUAUAGAUAUGGCUACUAAAACUUACAACCGAUAAGAUAUGGUUACAGAUAUGGUUAUGUAGUGAAAUAUCCAGAUCUAUAUCCAAAAUGUCUGCAUAUAUGUUGAUCAUACAGUUGUAACUAUUUUAAUUCUUAGAUUAAUGGAUUUGAGAGUGAUUUUGAUGAUCAAAAGAUAUAAUAUUAAUUUUUCAGAUAUAACCAACAUUUAAUGAACUCUCUUGUAUCAUACGAAUUGUAUUUUUUUUCGAUAUUAUUUUGUUUUCCAUUUUGUCUCUGCAUGCAUAUCCACAUGUAUAUCUAUAUCCCUAUCUAGUUUUAGCAGAUAUAGAUAUGAAUUUUUCUUAGUGCAACAUAUCCACAUCGUGAUUGUAAGUGAACAUGAAUAUGGCAAGUGUCAUAUUUGAGCCAUAUCCAAUCUGCAACACCUCUACCUACUUGUCCCUCCUUACCUUUCAAAUAUUUUUAGUCCCAACAUGCCCCCUAAAUUAUUGAAUAUGUUUCUUGCUAGCCCCUUGGAUUAUUUUUAGUCCCACCUUGGCCCUUAAAUUACU